AUAUUCAGAUAUUCUCAUUCUAUCAAACAAACGCAGCACUAUUUUCUGCUCUCUCUGAAUCCCGAAUCUCCAUUUCUUAACAAAAUGUUUCCGAAAUUCGUGUCGAGAGUUGCUUCGUAAAACAGUUUCCAUUUGGUUUCCAAUAAGAAUAUGCUUCCUCCAUUGUUUACGUCUUGCUGCUAGCUUGUUAUUGCUAUAGCUGUGUUCGUUGAUGGUCAUCUAUAUAUAACCAAAAACAAAAACAAACAAACAAACUUUGCGUUUCGUUUCGUUUCGUGUGCUCAGACUCGUAGCGUUAUAGCGAGAUUUCCGAAAUUCACUUCGUGAAAGAUGGUUGCCUUCGGGAAGAAGUUGAAGGAAAGACAAAUUCUAGAAUGGCAAGGAUAUUACAUCAACUAUAAACUGAUGAAGAAAAAAGUAAACCAAUAUGCUCAACAAAUUGAAGUUGGGACACAAGAUCGCAAGCAUGUUCUCAAGGAUUUCUCAAGAAUGUUGGAUAAUCAGAUUGAGAAGAUUGUCCUUUUUCUGUUGGAGCAACAAGGGCUACUUGCAAGCAGGCUAGCUAAACUUGAUGAACAGCAUGAUGCCCUUCAGCAACAGCCCGAAAUAUCCCAAAUAUGUGAAUUACGACAAGCUUAUAGAGCAGUGGGACAAGAUCUUUUAAAGCUUCUCUUUUUUGUUGAGGUAAAUGCUAUUGGUCUGCGUAAGAUACUGAAGAAGUUUGAUAAACGCUUCGGUUAUAGAUUCACUAAUUACUAUGUCAAGACUCGUGCAAAUCAUCCGUACUCCCAGUUGCAGCAAGUGUUUAAGCAUGUGGGAAUAGGGGCUGUUGUGGGAGCCGUAUCACGCAAUCUUCAUGAACUUCAGGACCGUCAGGGAAGCUACUUAUCAAUAUAUGAUCAGCCCGCUCUUCCCCUCCAGGAUCCUGUCAUUGAUUCAAUAAAAGCAGCUGUGGACAGGUUAACCCACUCAACAAAUUUCCUCAACUUUUUGGCACAACAUGCACUCAUUAUGCAAGAAGAGUUCCCUACUCCUGUUGAGGAACAAGUUGAUGAUCAAAACUACCAUUUUAUGUCGCUUCUUUUGAACUUAGUGAACACAUUUCUUUAUAUGGUCAAUACAUAUAUCGUUGUCCCUACAGCAGAUGACUACUCCUUGAGCCUUGGAGCUGCAGCAACAGUUUGUGGUAUUGUAAUUGGGGCAAUGGCUGUUGCACAGGUGUUUUCUUCAGUCUAUUUUAGUGCAUGGUCAAAUAAAACAUACUUCAGACCUCUUGUAUUUAGCAGUAUAGUUCUUUUUGUGGGAAACAUCUUGUACGCAUUGGCUUAUGAUUUUAAUUCAAUAGCAGUUCUCCUAAUCGGACGUCUUUUCUGUGGACUGGGUUCUGCUAGAGCUGUUAACCGGAGGUAUAUCAGUGAUUGUGUACCACAAAAAAUCCGCAUGCAGGCAUCAGCAGGUUUUGUUAGUGCUAGUGCUCUUGGAAUGGCUUGUGGUCCUGCUCUAGCUGGUUUGCUUCAAACUAAUUUUAAGAUCUACAAGCUUACAUUCAAUCAGGACACUUUGCCUGGCUGGGUUAUGGCUGUUGCUUGGCUUGUGUACUUAAUUUGGUUGUGGAUCUCAUUUAAAGAACCUUCUCGUGAAAUUGAGGAGAAUCAUAUACCACAGGAAUCUAAUGCUGUGGUGGUAGAGAAUGAUGCACUUGAGAAUGGACUUAAACAGCCAUUGCUUAUUAGUUCUUCAGAAGACAAGCAACAAGAUGAAGAUGGUGAGCAAGAAUGUGAUGAAAGCGAAGAAGCUUCUGAGGACUCUCACCAACCAGCAACUUCAAUUCGAUCAGCAUAUAGACUACUUACACCCUCCGUAAAGGUUCAGUUGUUGAUAUAUUUCAUGCUCAAAUACGUAAUGGAGAUUUUACUCUCAGAAUCUAGUGUCAUUACCACAUACUACUUUAAGUGGUCUACAGGCACGGUGGCAAUUUUUCUUGCUUCCCUUGGCCUCACAGUUCUUCCAGUAAACAUUGUUGUUGGAAACUACAUAAGCAACAUGUUUGAAGACAGGCAAAUUUUAUUGGCAUCUGAAAUUAUGGUUUGCAUAGGCAUACUCCUGAGUUUCCAUAUAAUAGUUCCAUAUUCUGUGCCUCAGUAUGUCUGCUCAGGACUCAUCUUGUUUGUUUCUGCUGAAGUACUUGAAGGUAUCAACUUGGCACUCCUCUCUCGGGUCAUGUCAUCCCGGCUUUCCCGUGGAACCUAUAAUGGUGGACUACUUUCAACAGAAGCUGGGACAAUUGCACGAGUGAUUGCAGAUGGCACGAUAACCUUGGCGGGGUACUUGGGCCAGAGUAGACUCUUGAAUAUCACCCUACUUCCUUCACUCUUCAUUUGCAUAUCCUCAAUUGUUGCCACCUGCUUUACCUACAACUCUCUCUAUUGAUUAGUAACUUUUUGAUUCAAUGCAAUGCCCGUCCCCUUAAAUCUCUAUUUCUUCAUUAUUUUGUAUCUUUUGUAUCAUUAUUGUUGUAUAUUAAAAGAAAACAAGCUCAUUGAUUUCUUCUACAAUUUGGACUUUAAUAAAUGACUAGUCCUCUGCUAUGGAGGCCCCGAAA